AUGCAAAUGAACGCCCUGGUCUUUGCGUUGCUUUCAAUGGCGGAAGCCUUCCUGUAUCCAAACAGUAGCGAACAAAUAUCCAGGAGUUUGGAUCAAUCUCCUAAUCUCUUCUACCUUAAUCAUUCUAGCGCAGCACAACAGGGAUAUUGCGGAGUUGGAUGGACCUACUUCGACGAAACCGACGCUUGCUACAAGAAUUUCUUCUGGGCGAACUUUGACGACGCCGAGAGACGAUGUAGGUAUUCAGGAGGACAUUUAACUUCUAUCCAUAGCUAUGCAGAAAAUUCUUUUGUCGCAGAAUUGGCAAAAAUGGGUAUCAAGUUGAGUACUGAUGCAUAUGGAACUUGGAUAGGUCUGGUACGAUCCGAUUAUUUGAAGAAAAGCUCGGCUAAGAACUGGGUGUGGAUGGAUGGUACAAAGGUUGACUACCUAGCAUGGUCUCCGACAGAACCAGAUGACUAUGGAGGAACACAACGCUGCGCGCUGGUAUGAAAUUUAUAUAAACGGACA